AAAUUUACUGUAAAAUGAAAAUGAAAUUCUGGACUGGGAACCAGAACCACUUUCGUUUUUGCGCAGCACGUGUGGAAAUAACCGGCUUCUAGAACAAUCGACCUGAAAGCUAUUCAAGGACAUUCACUGCUGUUUCUUUUGAAUUAUUUUCAGGAGGAAAUUAAUCUCAAAACACCAUGUCUCAGCUGAAACUCACUAAGCCAGCACCAGAAUUCAGAGGAACUGCUGUGGUCAAUGGGGAAUUUAAAGACAUUUCACUGGCAGAUUAUCGAGGGAAAUAUGUUGUAUUCUUCUUUUAUCCAUUAGAUUUUACAUUUGUUUGUCCAACAGAAAUAAUAGCAUUCAGUGAUCGAGCAGAAGAAUUCCGUUCCAUAAACUGUGAAGUAGUAGCUUGUUCAGUUGACAGUCAUUUUUCACAUUUAGCAUGGGUAAACACUCCACGAAAGCAAGGUGGACUGGGAAACAUGAAAAUUCCUCUCCUCUCAGACAUAACAAAAGAAAUCAGUAAAUCAUAUAAUGUAUUGAAGGAAGAUGAAGGAAUUGCUUUUAGAGGAUUAUUCGUAAUUGAUGACAAAGGAAAUUUACGACAGAUGACAGUAAAUGAUCUUCCAGUAGGAAGAUCAGUUGAUGAAACUUUACGUCUUGUACAAGCUUUCCAGUUUACUGAUAAACAUGGAGAAGUAUGUCCAGCAGGCUGGAAGCCAGGAUCAGACACAAUGAAGCCAGACCCUAAGGGAAGUCAGGAAUACUUUGGAAAACAUUCCAAGUAACACAACAAAAAUGUCAGCCAAAAUACUCAAAUCUAUUGCAGUUGGUGGAUUUUCAUGUCUCUAUAAAUAUCAUUUGAUGUUCUGUAUUGUGUAUUUAGUGUUGUUAAGCAUUUAAAUUCAAAUUUUGAUAACAUUUGAUGGUUUUACACUUCAGAUAUUGUUAAUAUAUAAGAAUAUUAACAUUUAAAAGUUAGAAAUAUUUGAAAAUUUAUUUGCUUUAUUUAUCAUGAAAAGAACGAUAACUGCUGGUAAAAAAGUUAAUUUUUAUUUUUUAUUUUUCAUUCACUGACGUGCACAUGGUUGAUUUGGAUUUAUUUUAAAUUGCAUAGAUACUCAAAAUUUAUUACUUUAGAUCAUUAUGAAUACAGAUUUUUAAAUUUAAAUUUGUACUUAAAAUUAUAAAAAACUAUUUAAGAUAAAACAAAAUUUUUCAGGAUUCAGUCUAUUUUUGGUGAAUAAGUAUUUUUGAAUUGACUUUACAGUCUAAUAUGAGUGCUCAAAUCAAGUGUUAUAUUGUUAGAUGUGUAAUAGUUUUACAAUUGUUACUUAAAGAACUUAAUCAAUACAGAAUUUCAUUGUUCUGUCUACAAUUGUAUUGUUAAAUUAUACAAAACUGAAAGCAUUCUACUAAUUAUGCUUCAAAAAGAAUUAUCUUGGUCUAGAUGUUAUAAAUGAGGUCAUUCUAUUUUUUAGAAUAAGCUUAUAGAAACAUAUUAAAGAAGAAAUCAGUAUGAUUAAUAGGAAUAUGUAUUCCAUGAAUUGUUUAACAUACUGUGCUUGUGUAAUUGAACAGUAUUUUCUAGAUUAUUCACAUACAUGAACCUAGUUAUAUGAACCAGAAAACAAGGACAUUUAAAAUGUAAAAAUACUAAUUUAUCAAAAUGUUUUAAAAAGAAAUUUUGAAAUUUUGAAAAUUUUCAGGCCAUAUUAUAGUCCAAGUCUGGUUUAUCAUAAAGAAGUUUCUGUGUUCAUAAUUUUUGUAUAGUCCCUCCGUUGUCUUUAACAAAGUAAAAACAAAGCUAUACAUUGUUGAA